AUGAACGAGUUUGAUUUGGGUGAAGCAGAAGCCUUGCGCGGUAUAGAUUUUAUGCCAACACCGGUUCUUCAGAAGGCAUUUUUUGAGGUUUUAAAGGGGCAAAAAAUAUUUCCAGAAGCGAUAGGACAUGGAGCUCUUACCAGGUACCAAAUUGUGCAAAAGGUAUUACUCAGAUAUGCAGGAAAGAUGAAAGAGCAUGUUGGCUUGAUUAAACAAAAAGAGAGGCCUGAAGAAGUGAUAGACAUCUUCACAAGAGAAGAGCAGGAAAAUCUGGGAGAAUACAGAAUCCAGCUGGAGGAAAAGUGGUCUGCCAAAGAUGAAGUGGAGGUUUAUAGAAACUGGGCUUCACACAUGACAGUGUACUCAAAAGUGCAAGGUUCCCUCAAGGGAGUUCUUGAGACCCAAGCAAUUCAGAUCAGCUUGUUAAAACCAGUAUGGUUGAAUCACUUGGGUGCUUUUGCAUUCCCAGACGGAAUGAGACAAGGUGUUGGGGAUGCACUCAGUCAAGAUUUUCAACAGCUUACAGAUAAAUUGGUCGAUUCUAUUCAUGCGUUGGACUAUGUGUGGAAUGCAUUUAGCUAUGGUAUCCAUAAUCUGUGCAAUAACUAUCCACAUCCCAAAAUAAAACAAAUUAUAGUCUUCUGGGUAAAAUAUAUACAGUUCUAUCUCAACUUGAAAUCAAGUCAAGAUACGUGGAACUUGAAGUGGUACCGCCUUAUGGAGGAAUUGAUUGUGAAAGAUACAGUGGGGAAUCACUUGGAAUCUGCCAUGCAACAAUUUCUAAACAAUCCACCGCCUUUGAACUCCCAAAAGAAUUUGAUAGUCACAUUCCUAGAAUUUGUCUUGGAAACAACAGAAUCUGGAAGUCUCAGAAAAUCUGUAGAAAAAGUGCUGCACCAAAAAUUGCACUCUUGCAAACAAGAAUUGUAUUUAGUGCGAGUCCCGCAUUUCAUUAUUGAUGGAAAUAUUUGUCCCAAUUCACAAAAAUUGGCUUGA